UGACAGGUGGGCAGGAAACCAUCUCGAGGAGGCCGCGGGGGGUCGCUGUCGCGUGGAAGCUUGUCGCGGUUUCAGCGGAAGUGACGUGUAUCUGCCGCGACUGAUGUCGCUGUAGCAAAACGCGCGAGCUCUUUCGGCGCAAGCGCUUUUCUAAACCCAAAAGUGCAACGAACGAAUCGGCGCCGAACAGACUGAAGCCUCGACCUUUUUUUUUCUGGACCAAAGCGUCGUCCAGGAAAAUUUCAGGUCAAACUCGCCUCGGCGUAUUUCGAAGCUUCUCAAAUAAGCUUGGCAUAGUUUAGCCGGCAAGCCGCUAACGCAGCGCCGCCUCGCUCGGCGUGAGUUUCAAGCGUUGCCUUUAUCGCGGCGAAAUGUGUGCAAAAAGCGUGAAAGAGGAAGAGUACGAGGAGGAGGUUUGUGGAAUUAAAGAGGAGAAGGAGCCGCAGCUCCUGGACGCUCAGGCCGCGCUCCGGGCAGCAGAACUUCACGAGGUUUGUUUGAUCGCCACGGAGCAAGACAGGAAGAGAGCGCGUUCUUCUGACAUGUGGGAGCACUUCAGCCUCAUCACUCCUGACAAGGUCCAGUGCUUGGCGUGUUCGGCGGAACUCAAGUAUCACGGCAACACGUCCUCCAUGGUGCGGCACUUCGCGGCCAAGCACGGCCCCGCUCUCAAACAGAGCAACGCCAUGGGCCGGAAGCAAGCGCUGGACGAAGCGCUGGUGAAUCUGGUGGUGAAAGACUGGCAACCGUUUUCCAUCGUGGACGAUUGCGGCUUCAAGGCGUUGGUGGCCUCGCUGGAUCCCACCUACGCUCUUCCGUCCAGGCGGGCCCUGAAGAAGAUGGUGGCGGAGAAAUCCGAGGAGGAGAAGAGCAAGGCCAAGGCCGCCGUGGGCGGCGCCGAGGCGGUCAGCCUGACCGCCGAGACGUGGAGCUCCAUUCAGACGGACGCCCGCGUGGCGGUGACCUGCCACUUCCUGGACGACUCCAUGAAAGUGGCCACGGCGCUGCUGGGCGUGCUGCCGCUGCCCGAAGCGCACACGUCCAGUCACAUCAGCGAGCGCUUGACCUCGCUCGUGGAGGAAUGGGGCAUCGAGGGCAAAGUGACGUCGGUGGUGACCGACGCGGCGCCCGAGAUGGCGGCCUCCGUUCGCGACCUCAAUCUCAGACACGUGCUCUGCUUUGCCCGCUCGCUUCAUCUGGUGGUCAAGAAGUCGCUGGACGCCACGGCGGGCCUGCGGGAGCUGCGCGGCAGGGCGCGCAACCUGGUGGCCCUGUUCAAGAGCAGCGCCGCCGCUCAAGAGAAGCUGCGGCAGGCGCAGGCGCAGAUGUGUCGCCCCGCGGCCCCGCUGGUCCAGGAGGCGGAGGCGCGCUGGACCAGCACCUUCCUCAUGCUCCAGCGCCUGUGCCAGGAGCGCCGCUGCCUGGACGCGGCGCUGGCGGCGCUGGGGACGGACGCGGCGGCGCCCCUGUCCCCGCAGGACGACGAGACGGCCGCCGCCUGCCUGCGCCUGCUGGCGCCCUUCUACCAGGCCGCCGUGGAGAUGUCGCAGGAGAAGAGGCUGGCGGGCUCCAAGGUCAUCCCCAUCACCAAAAUGCUUCUGCUGCACUUGUACGAGACCAACGGCAAAACCACGCACCCCACGGCCAAGCGACUGGGCCACAACUUGGUGUCGGCCAUGCAGGAGACGUUCGACACGCUGGAAAGCCAAACGGCGCUGACCCUUUCCACGCUGCUGGACCCCAGAUUCAAAACCUUCGGCUUCUACAAUCAAGCGCAGGCGCAGACCUCGGUCAAGCGGCUGGCCGCCCAGUGCUCGCAGCUGAUCGUGUACACGCCGCCCGGCACGCCCGCCGAAGAGCGGGCCUCCGCCUGGGCGCAGCCAGGGCGCCGGCCUCUGCGCGCUCACCACUUCUGUCCCUUUUUUUGCGCUUCAGGUAUCGACCUUUGGAAAAGUCUGGACCGAGACGCUUCGGAAGCCAUGAGGUGGUCCAGGAACGCCUCGGUGGACGCCACGGCGGAAGUGCAGCGCUACAUGAGCGAUCCGCCUCUGGGGAGGGCCGAGGACCCGCUGGCUUACUGGCUCAGCCAUCAAAACGUUUACCCGCAUCUCUUCCGGUUGGCCAAACAUUUUCUCUGCACGCCCGCGUCCGCCGUUCCUUGCGAGCGAGUCUUUUCCAAAUGCGGGGAAGAGGUGAGCAAAAAGAGGAAUCGACUCAGUCCCAAAAGUGUCGAAAUGAUCAUGUACCUCAAUAAAAGUCUUUGA